GAGAAUGCCCUAAAAGGGAAAGAGCAGCAAAAUGGGUGGUGGUGGUGGUGGGGAGCAGAAGGUUUCGCUAUUCGCCAAAGGUUCGCUGGUUGAAGUGGGCUCCGACGAAGAAGGGUUCAAAGGUGCGUGGUACGUCGCUACCGUCCUCGAGCCACCUCAAAGAUCUGCUUCUAAGAAAAAGAACCAGAACCGCAAUAAUAGGGUGGUCCAUGUUGAGUACCAAACUCUGUUGGCCGAGGAAGAUGGAUCUGAGCACUUGAGGGAGCAAGUAAAUGUGGAAUUCGUUAGACCCUUGCCUCCUCCUCCAGAGGAUGAUGUUGUUCACUCCUUCGAGUUAAACGACAUCGUCGACGCCUUUUACCGCGAUGGCUGGUGGACCGGUGUCAUCACUAGGCUUCUUCACAACUCCAGGUUCGUAGUCACUUUCCAGAAUCCGCCGGACGAGAUCGAGUUUGGCCUAUCUGAGUUGCGCUACCACCGCGAUUGGGUCGAUGGUAAAUGGGUUCGACCCCAAAAGCUGAAAACAGAAGGAUCGAUUUUUGGUAUCGGGAAAAAGGUAGAAGUAUCUUUUGACAAAGAAGAGCAUCGUGAUGUUUGGUUCCCAGCAAUUGUCCUUGAAGAUUUUGGGAACAACUCUUUCUUGGUAGAGUACCAGAGUUUAGGGGUUGAUGUUGAGGCUGGGCCUCUAAAAGUCACUGUUGAUUUCCUCCAUAUCAGACCUUCCCCACCUUAUUUCAAGGAUAAAAUUUUUGUUUUAUUGGAAAAGGUGGAUGCAUUCUACGAUUUUGGCUGGUGGGGUGGAGUAAUUACCAAAGAACUUGCUGAUAGUAAGUACAUUGUUUUUUUUAAGCAUACAAACAAGGAAAGGGAACUCAAGCACUCAGAAUUAAGACCUCACAUGGAUUGGAUUGAUGGCAAAUGGGUUAGUGCUUCCCAGGUAGUGGGUAGCUUAGAUGAUGGGUUUUUGUUUCAGGAUGUCUUAAUUCCAUCAGACUAUCAAGAACAUGUGCAGUAUGCUUGCAAUGAUGCCAACAACACUGAGAUGGCUGUUCAACUUUUAAAUUCAUGUGCUGCAAAGGAUAACUAUGAAGAGAGAACUCCUCGCUCCUUUGACUUGAGGGAGAAUAAGGCCAAACAGUCGACUCCUUGCAAUGAAAAAACAUCUUCUUAUGGCAUUGCCACACAAAGAAGGAAAUCAAAGCACACGACACCUGAUAGUGUUGCUUCUCAUUCAAGGCCUUUGAAGAAGUUAAAAGAAGAUGCAGCAAAGGCCCCAUCUCCUACAGCAUGUCCAUUAAAUAUGAUGACAAUACAAACACCAAGUAAAGAAACACUUUGUGGUUUUGCCAACCCAAGCCCUGCAGGUACUGGCAUCAAUAUCUCAAAGGAACCCGUGGUUGGUGAUCAGCCCUCUGCUAAAAGUGACAGCCUUUGUCAGGGAAAGAAACAAAAUAAACAACUAAAAGUUGGUGAACUGGAUAAUCACACACCCACUCCUGUGAAAAGGAAGAGAUCAGUAAAAUCACAAGUUAAAAGCUCACAAUCUUCUGCAGGAGGUAAUAAGGGCAAUACGGGGUCAGUUAUGUCUGAAGAAUUUGUCGAAAAAGAGUGUAUAACGAAAGAGACUGACCUUCCUGUCAUCAUAGGAUUAGAGUGUAACGGAUUGAGGGGCUUACAAGGCAGAAAAUCUCAUCACUUUCCCAGUGAGGAAUCUUUGAAGCUCUUGAGAGAUCAAAAGGAGCAAUUAAAUGAUUCAACAAGACACAAGAUCAAGGAAAUUAAUCGGUUAGAAGAAGGUGGAGAGAGCAAUCUGAAAAAAAGGAGGGGAAGGCCACCUAAAUUACGGGCCAAAAGCCCCGAAGCUUCGGUUGCAGGUAAGGAGCAAAGUGGAGACAUGGUUGCUACAGACGAGAUAGUUGUGAAAGAUUGCAUAACAAGUGAAGUAGAAUUGGCCGCAAUCACGGGGGUGCGAUCUGCUAGGAUAAAGGGCUCACUUCUCGGUAAUGAAUAUCUGAAGCUUGUUGGGGAUGAUAAGAAGCUUCCAGAUGGUCUCAUGAAGCAAAAAAACAAUAAAAUGAAAACUCCCCCUGCAAGAAAAGAUAAACUAUCAAGUGAAAAAGUUGUGCAAGAGUCAAGUAGGCAACGUGAGAAGUACUCGUCAAUGAGGAGUAGAAGAAGAAGAGCUGGCGUAAAUAUUGAAUCUCCAUUUCAAGAUUCUCAAGACGAUUCCAGAGGGGAAAAAACAACUGAAGAUUUUGGAACAGAUUUUAUAACGGAGGGAGUUGAAAUGGCCAUAGAUAAAUUACCCAGCAGCAUGUCCGAUGAUCAACCUCUAUCUAUGUGGUUUGAAGGAAUGCACUCUCCAGCAGUUGAUGGUUCAAGAGUUUCCACUGCUAGGACUGUCCAACAUACUGAGGCAAUCAAGAGAGACAGAGAAAUUGCAAUCCAGUCUCCUGCAGUUGAUGCCAAUGGUGACAAUGUGCCAGAUGAAAGUCGAAGCUUGCCUUUUGUGAAGACCUUUCCACUUUGGGAAACAAUUGAAACUAUGGAAGUGUUCCGAGCGAUGCCGCAAAAGCCACAUUUCCGUCCUCUGGAUAGUUGUAAAGAGAGUUCUCGUGAAGGUUUAGCUAUAGGUAGUAUGGUAACCUUUUCCAGUGUGGUAAAGAAAACCUUUGAUUUGCAUUUUGAUGAUCCUAGAAGCGUCAUUGAGGAUAGUCUGGACACUCUUCUUGACUUGGAAAGUCAUGGAUUUGAUGUGAAGAUGGUAAGAGAUCGUUUAACUGGGUUGCUAUUGUUAAAAGAUAAGCAGGAACAACUUCAAGAGCAGACAACAGAACUCAAAACUCGGAUUAUGGAGCAUAGUCAUCAGAAAAGCAAAAUUGAUGAAGAGAUCGAUGAAAUUGAUAAGCAGAUUAGGGAGUUACAAGAAAAACGUGCGUUGGUUGUGCCAUUGAAGGAUUUUAAGGAUUCUGAGAUUGCCUCUUUGCAAUCAAGGGUGGAAGACAUUACUGAAGACAUUAAGAGCGUGAAGCUUGAUUUUGAAGGACUAGCUGCCGCCCCAUGGUAAGUGGCUUAUUUUCAUGUGCUUCGUUUUGGAUUCUAAUGUUAGUUGACUGCUGGAUAUAAGUAGCUGUUGGAGCACUAGUUAACUUGUAUGCUGAUUGUUCUGUACCUGUAUGUACUGAUGGCGAUGAAAGUCUCAACUUUUAUCAUAAUGGUUGUAUUUUACUAGAUAGACUUAUGCUAGGGACUAUUUGCAAAACUUUUAUCUGAAACAUGUUGCUUUUAUUGUGUUCUUGAAGGAUGUUUUCUUUUGCAAAACAA